AUGGUCUGGUUAUCGAAAAACGCGGUCACUCUACAACUUGCUGGGGCCAUUUUCUCAAGUCUAGCAUACGCCAACGACCUAGAAACCAUUUACAAUCGACAAACUGAGCUGAUAAUAUCCACCACGCGUGCUUGGAAUGGAAAGAUCCAAAAUUACAUUGACACUCUCAAAUCAGAUGGAACAUGGUCUGCCAUCGACUAUACUUCUGGCUGCACUGCGCGUCGAUCAAGUUGGCCAGCGAGUGGUCACUGGUCCCGUUUGCUCGAGAUGACAGCCGCCUAUCGGGGAGGUCUCCCGCGGUACAAAAACAAUGCCCACUUGCGCUCAGCCAUUCACAGAGCGAUGGGAUACUGGUUUGACCACGACUAUAGUACGAUUGGUGACGGCAGUUGUAUGGACAGGGAACAGUUUCCAGCACAUCAUUGCCCUUGUGGGACACCCGGGCUAUGGGGUCCCAAUUGGUACAGUAACGUUAUCCUGAUACCAACUCGCGUUAGUAAAGUUUGUAUCCUUCUACGUCAGGAACUGUCCGAUACCGAACUCGCCAAGUGCACGACAAUGGCCGCUCGAGCGUACGCCCCGUUCUAUCGCGACCCAAAACCAGGAUAUCUCAGUGGCGCGAACGUGAUGGACAUUGCUGUCAUUGGCAUCAUGGCUGCCUUACUAGAGAACGAUCGUUCAGGGAACGCGACGAGGAUCGCGGAUGCCUAUGGACGUGUGCACUCGCAAACAUUGGUUCAGUCCGAAGACCGCGUAGACGGGAUCAAACCCGACGGAUCGUUCCAGCAGCAUGGAGGACUAAUCUACGACGGGAACUACGGGAAAGAUUUCUCCAACUCGUUCAUUCAGCUUUCGCUUCUGGCUCUUGGAACGCAGUUUCAAGCCAAGAAGGAAGUACAGCAGUCAUUUGGAAGGUGGUUUGAAGGUGCAAGAUGGAUGACCUACACGAACGUGAUGAACAAUGUUGUGCAUUGGGACCUAUCCGUCAUAGGUCGUUUCAUAUCGUAUCCUGUGGCCGAUGGAAGAGCCUCUGCCGACUUGCGAAUGGAUCUUUCUCAAAUCUUGAAACUCGGAAAGGCUUGGUCACAGAGAGAUCUCAUCGAGUUCGGGACCAGGCUUACGGGGUCUGCGGAUAACUCGGCCAAUUCAGGCGGCCUGGUUGGCUCCCGCAUGUUUUGGAACUCGGACUAUAUGGUACAUCGGACUGCCGAAACUGUGACGACCGUCAAGAUGGUUUCGACUCGCACCACAACCUCUGAAUGCGUCAACUCGGAGAACCCGUAUGGGUUUCACCUGUCUGACGGGGUCACAUACACUUAUUCCACAGGCGCAGAAUACGAAGAUAUAUUUGCCGGACUCGAUUACAGCAUUCCUCCUGGGAUCACGACCGAUUAUGCUGCCGCCAAACUUGAAUGUGCAACGGCCACGCGAGCUGGGGCCGAUUCGUACGCGGGAGGUGUCGAGGCUGGUGAUGUCGCUAUGGCUGCUAUGCGAUACCUCAACCCACUAAGCCAGUCUUUCGGGUUCUACAAAGCAUGGUUCUUUUUCCCGAACAACGUCCAACACGUCCUCGUCGCCAACGUUCAGCAAUAUUCCCAGCACAGCCACCCUGCCUUUUCUGUGCUCGACCAGCGCUUGCGUUCCGGAGACGUAUAUCUGAACGGACAGUCGAUUUCGGAAGGCGGCAACUUUACCGAGACCAAUACGCUCUGGCAUAGUGGUACCGGCUAUACAUUCCCUCCAGACCAAGCUAUUUCCACCCCACUUUCCGUAUGUCUCCAAUCUAAAUCCGGAGACUGGAGCAAAAUCGGCACGAGUAAACGGCCGCCGUCGAUCAAAGACACAUUUACGGCCUGGCUCGUACAUACACCCUCUAGCCGCACCCCAACCACGCAUUCUUCCGAUCCCAACACUUCCGCCCCGAUCGAGUACUCUGUUUUCCCUGCUACCCGGAGCAACUCUGAGUUCGAGAACAAGGCAGCACGGUACCGACCGCGAACGAUCGUCAACUCGGAGGUGGUGAGCGCCGCCAUGGAUUCGCACGCUACGGUGCUGGGAGCGGCGUUCUGGAAACCUUUGGGUGGGAGUGUAUCGGUCAAGGAGAUGGGAGUUGGGCUGGAGGUGGAUCGAGGAGUGGUGGUGAUGCUCAAGUUCAAGGACGAGGGGCGUACCAAGGGCAGGAUUUAUGUUGCGGACCCGACACAUGGCUCUGGGACGGUUACUGUCAAGGUCAACUGGCUUGGUCAGGCUAUCUCGCGGCGCUCUGCCGGAGAGGGGUGUUCUGGGAGUAAAUGUCCGGGUUUGAAGAGGACUAGUGGGCACGAGAAGGGAGAGGUGGUUCUAAAAUUGGACCUUCCUGGGGGUGGUUUGGCGGGGUCAACGGUGGUCGGGGUGUUUUAA